GCGAUGUGAAGCGCGAAUCGAGGAAACGCAGGCAGGAAUGUCGUGUUCUCCACACAAACGAUAUUUAAACACAGACUUUCCUGUCUUGUUUUACUUUUUUUUUUUUUUUUUUUGUAAAAACACACUACAGACGGCACUUGGGCGAGGGCGGGCUCCGAGCCCCCCUCAGGCCGCCCGGGCGGGAAUGGCGCCGCCCCGGCCCGUCCUGCACCGCGGCGCCAACAUGGCGGCGCCCAGUGAGGGCCGUGCGGGUCGGGGCUCCGCGCCCUUCCCGGGCACCGACAGCGGCUCCUUCCCCUUCCCUUUCACCGUCCCGCACGGCACGGCGGGGGAGCCACCCAAGAAGCCAUGCCGAGCCUGCACGGAUUUCAAGAGCUGGCUCCGCGAGCAGAGGAAACAGGCGGCCCCGGGCAGCGCGGACGUGGCAGUUGUGGAGGAGAAGGAGCCCCCUCCAGACUGUCCCCUGGACAGCGAGCAGCUGGGCCGCAGCACCUGGGCCUUCCUGCACACCAUGGCUGCCUACUACCCCGAGCAGCCCUCGGGGGCACAGCAGAAGGAGAUGAGGGACUUCAUCAACCUCUUCUCCAAGUUCUACCCUUGCGAGCACUGUGCUGAGGACCUGAGGGAGAGAUUACAGACAAACCAACCCGAUACGAGCACCAGGACUAACUUCUCCCAGUGGCUGUGUCUGCUCCACAACCAAGUGAACAGGAAGCUGGGGAAGGCAGAAUUCGACUGCUCCCGUGUGGAUGAGCGCUGGAGGGAUGGCUGGAAGGAUGGGAGCUGUGAUUAA